AUGCCGCUGCUUAUUGCAAUUUCCAUUUUCGCUGCUAUCUCCUACAUUCUGUACACCGUGGUGUACGCUCUGUACCUUUCCCCCUUACGUCAUAUACCCGGUCCGCUCCUGGCCCGUAUCACGCCAUUACACGACAAGGUGCUGCGACUGCUUGGCCUGCGAACGGAGGUGUGUGAACGAAACUUCCGCAAAUACGGCGACAUCUAUGUGAUCUCGCCCACCUCGGUGUCCAUCUCGAACCCGCACGACUGCUCGACUGUGCUGGCCACGCACAGGUUCACCAAGUCGGCCGAGUACGACAAGAUGGUGAUCUCGCACCCGACCACCUUCUCGACACGCGAUCCGCAGAUGAACAAGAUGCGCCGGCACCAGAUCGGCCCUGCCUUCAACCCCAGCUACCUGCGCGAGAUGGAGCCGCAGAUCCUGGAGCACGGCAUCCUGGCGCUGAAGCAAAAGUGGGACAGCCAGCUGGACCGCGCUGUGGGGCACGACAUCGAGGUCGUGUAUUCUGUUGAUUUUCUGCUGGCCACCUUUGACGUUAUCGGCCUCCUUGGCUACGGCCAGUCGUUCCACGCACUCAAAAACAACGACACUCGCGUUGUACGCUGGGCCCGAUCGACAGUAAAGCUCGCGUUGUACAUGGCGGUUUUCCCGCCUAUCAGGAUGUGGCCGUUCUGCGGACUGAUCAGCGAGCAGCUCAACUAUAUGAAUGAGUGCACCCGAUUUGGCCAGGAAACCAUCCGGGCUCGCAAGUCGGCGGCGUCGCACAGCAACGGCGAUAAACCGCGCGAUGUCCUCCAGUCAUUCAUCGAUUCCGAGGACCCAGGGUCCAAAACCCGAAUGACCGCGGACCAGGUCGAGGCUGAGGUGCGCAUGCUGCUGCUGGCAGCAACCGACACCACCGCGCUGACACUUACGUGGACGCUGCAUCUGCUGCUUCUGCACCCCGAUGCAUACAAGCGGGCUGUCAGCGAGAUUCGCAGCCAGUUUGCCUACGACGAGGUCAUCCGCUCGUCAGGCGCGCGCGCCAAGUUGCCGUUCACAGAGGCCUGCAUCUACGAGGCAAUGCGCCUCCGGCCAGUCUCGGGACAGAACUUCACACGCGAUGUGCCCAGCGGCGGAGUUCAGCUGCAGGGCCACUACAUCCCAGCAGGGUUCACUGUUGGCGUCAAUUUUGCAGGCCACUGCUUGCACCCCACCCUGUGGGACAGCCCCGAGCGCUUCCUCCCCGAGCGCUUCCUGGACAGCCCAAAGGCCAAGCAGACCCUGAUCACCUUUAGCGCCGGCGCCAGGGCGUGCCCCGGGAAAGCACUCGCCUGGAUGGAGAUGCUCACGCUGCUGCCAAACAUCCUGAAGGACUACGACCUGUGUCUGCCCAAGGGUGCGCUAUUUACGCCCGACAACAUUGACCCGGCAACGGGAGAUCCGGCUAUCAUGCCGCGGACCCACUCAGGUGACGGCCCAGCCAAAUGCAGCAGCUACUAACCUUACCCAACGGAACGUACAUUGAAGCUGCAUCGAUCGGCCAUGCUAGGCUUUGUCGCCCUAUUGUUGGGCAACUAUGUAUCGCACGUUGCCACCGCUUUUGAAGCAAUCGGUUGGGCGAUGACAUGUGAAUACCAUUCUGAGGCACCGCCGCCAUGUAUAAAAAUAAAUGACUUUAACAGAG